AUGUACAAAGUAAAGAUAAUCUCUGAGGUCUCAUUUCUGAAACCUGUGUUUUUACCCGACCUAGUAUUAAUCCUCGCACCUGCACAACCAACCUUCGAUUUGCAGCCACUGUCUCUUCUCCCAGAAGCCAUGUCCAACACCUUCGAUGGUAUUUUGCGAGAGUUUCCAUAUAUAUCCCUUGACAAGUUCAAUUGCGGAACGGAAAUUUCGCUUUUAACCCACUGUCAUAUGGACCAUUUGGCUGGAAUCCUCAACCGACUGUUUCUGGGGAUAGUCUACUGCACCGAAUUAACCAAAAAGCUUUUGCAAGCAGAUAAAAGGUACGAGAAAGUGAUGCGGCGCGUUGAAGUACUACCGCUCAACACCAGGACGCGUCUCGUGCUUCCUGGAUCCAUAAGCGAGGACGUUUUCGUCACGCCAAUAGAGGCCUACCACUGUCUAGGCGCGUGCAUGUUCUUGGUGGAGCGAGAAGAAGAUGAUUGUAGCUGUAAAUCCAUGAAAGUCGGAGCAAAUGUUUGUUUGGCGGAAUCUCAUCAUCUGGCUGUUCUUUGUACGGGUGAUGUUCGGGCCGAACAAUGGUGGUGUGAUGGACUCCGCCAACUCCCCUUCUUACAGCCAUAUCUAUCGGGUGACAAAUGCCUUGAUAACAUAUACAUUGAUACCACAUUCUAUUACCGCCAGGAGCCGUAUAUCGAGAUUCCACCCAACAAUCUGGGCAUCUAUGCCAUGAUUUGUCUACUCAAAGAGUAUCCUAUGAAUGACCCUGAGAUCAUAUUUGAAUUCACAAACACAACCCUUGGAUUUGAGCAGGUGUGGGCAUUUGUUCUCUCGUAUUUCCGCGGGUGUCUUGUCGCCACAGACGAGAAAUUCCGGCGCCGCCUUCAGAUAUCUUGCAAGCAUGACAAGAUCCAUGGAUGCGUACUUCACAAGAGCAUAAAUCAGAAACACGAACUGUCUCCAUUGUUUCACGUGGGCAGGACAUAUCAACCUUAUACCAUCCGCAUGAAUGAAUUCAUCAACUUCAAUAUCAUGGACUUUGCAGGAAUCUGCUGUCCCAUCCUCGUCAACAACAUACCCACAACGGAGCCCUUGGAGUUAUUGCAUACCACCGCGAAGGGAAAUCGUUUCUAUUAUUUUCGUGACAGAACUUGGCUCCUUCCAAAAGACGGGAUUGAGAUGCUACCUCAGGACUUAACGCUUGUCUUCUCACGCCACCUGUCAUACACAGAAACGGUUGAAUUUAUCAAAAUGUUUCGGCCGAAACAAGUUUUUCCUUGUUGCCAUUCGAGAGUCGCCUGGAAGGCUGGUUUCCACAUGCGCCGGUUGUAUGGAGAUAUCUGUUCUGGCGACCAAUUCUUGUUUGACGAAAUGAUGCUGAAAAAUUUCGGCCAUCCACCAAAACACAUUUUACAGAGAGGCGUGGCAACAGUGAACCGCUGGAGUAUUGAACAAUGCGAGCAAGAACAGGCAUUUAUAGAGGAUACUACCAGGAGUCCAGCCUUGAUUCAGCUACGGAAGGUUACUAGAGCGCCAGUGUUCCAGAAAGUGGCCGGUGACAAUCCUGAUGCACCUAUAUUUAACAAAAAAGGAGAGUUUGUUCUACAAAAAUUGGUCGAGCGUCGCCAGGAGCAAUCCUACAAGGACUUCAUUGAGUACCAACAGUCUUUAUAUUACAAGAAGUACAACCAGCCGCAGUACGUUCCACUCGCACCGAACAAGAGGGGCAAAAUUAGUCGAGUAACACUCGGCGGUCUGAGCGACUACUCAUCACAUAGCAGUGACAGUUCUAUUGAUUUGUUGGAUGCCACAAGGAUGAGAAAGGAGAGUAAUGAAAGUGAUAGUCCUAGAACAGGAGGCACAGGGUCGAUGGUGUCAUUUGAGACACGAAAGGAGUUGCGCACUUCGUUCAUAGCCUCGUCUUUUGGUUCCUUCGAGGAAUCAGUGCCUGUGGCUGCUGCAUGA